CUCUUUCGCUAAUUUUGAAAAUAUUAGUGAUUUCUAUCCUAUGUUAUAAAAUAAAAAUGUGAUAUCGAAGCCUUCUGCGACACUAAUAAAUUCCAUAUUCUCUUAGAUACGUAAUAUGAACUUCAAUAAAACUUAGGGAAAAGAAGAAAAAAGAAGACAUGUCCUUCAAUUUAGCCAUAGGUUUAAGAUCAAGUGUUGGACAGCUAAAUAUAUCAGAAUCCAAUGGAAGCCGGCGAGAUUCAAACGAUACAAUGCCAUAUGGACGAGCAUCUAAUGCUUCUUGUCCAUCCAAGAUAGACGACUUGCACAAUAAAAUUCCUUCUUCAUGCGAUACUUACAAAGGGACCCAAAGUCAGCAGUUCCCGUCACUACCGUAUAUUCAUAAAUAUCGACAGAAAAAAAGAAAUUCACACGAAAUAAAAAGGCCCAAAGUUUCUAUCCUACCGUUUAAAACUCCUAGGAAAUACUCUUUGCCCAAGAUUCACAUCAAAAAAUUGGUGGAAAAUUUUGAAGAAGAUAUUCUGGGUGGUGAUAAUACAGAAUAUGGAGAUGAUAACGAAGAUCUAGAGGAGGAUCCUGUCAAAAGACGACAUGGACCAGGGAGAGUCAGUUGGAAAAAUAAGAUACAACUUUUUUUGGCGUUUAUAGGGUAUUCCAUGGGGCUUCCAAACGUUUGGAGAUUUCCUUAUCUAUGUUACGAUAAUUGGGGAGGUGCGUUUUUUAUACCUUACAUUAUUAUGUUGCUAAUAUGCGGAUUUCCUUUACUCUAUCUCGAACUGGCGAUAGGUCAAUUAGCCCAGGCAGGGCCUAUAAUUGCAAUUUGGAAAUUUUCUCCCUUGUUCAAAGGCCUAGGCAUUGCUUCGGUUAUGAUAGCAUUUGUAGUUGGCCUUUACAACAUAGUGAUAGUGACUUGGUCUUUGUUUUAUGUGUUCAAAUCAUUUGGAAGUACGCUUCCAUGGAGCACUUGUUUAAACAAAUGGAAUACCAAAAGUUGUUAUUCAUUAGACCUUAGCGUACCUAAUGCAAAAUACGAACGAUUGAACAUGACUGUGCCUUCAACCCAAGAAUUUUUUGAAAAGCGAGUAUUAGCCGUAACGAACGAUAAUGAUAAAUACAAGUAUAUUCAAUGGGAAUUGGCAAUAUUACUCUUCUUGGCUUGGGUCAUUGUUUUCUUUGGGAUACGGAGAGGCGUUAAAAGCAUAGGAAAAGCGUUUUAUCUAACUGCGACAGUGCCUUUUCUCGUGGUUAUAAUAUUACUUAUCAAAUCAGCAAUGCUACCUGGGGCCUAUUUAGGGAUGAAUUACUUAAUCAAGCCAGAUCUGAGCAAACUCUUAGUGCCGGAGAUUUGGAUUCUUGGCGCAACUCAGAGUUUUUAUUCACUCGGUAUUUCUUUCGGGUCAUUAAUAGCUUUGGCCAGUUACAAUGAUGAAAACAAUAAUAUUUUUAGAGAUUCGAUAGUAAUGUCAUUAUCAAGCUCCCUUAUCUCUAUCAUCGUCAUGAUUACUACUUAUUGCGUAAUCGGGCACAUAGCUUACAUAAACAAUCACGAUAUAGAGGAGGCCAUCACUCAAGGGCCAGGGCUGGUGUUCGUGGUUUAUCCUCAAGUAUUUUUAACUUUGCCCUACACGCAAAUAUGGGCCUUCCUGUAUUUCCUCAUGAUGAUAUGUUUAGGAUUAGAUAGACAGUUCGCUAUGGUUGAAGUGGUUGUAACAAGUUUUUACGAUGUCAAAUUAUUUGAUAAAUAUUUGCCUGGACGUCAAUCUCUAGUGUUGAUAGCUUGUAUUAUAUCAUACCUAAUAGGACUCGUAUUUUUGGCCAGGAAGGGUAUAUUAUACCUACAUCUAAUCGAUUAUUUCGUCGUUGGAAUAUCCUUUUUACACGUGGCAUUUUUCGAAGUCAUAAUGAUAGUUUUAUUUUUUGGAGUGUCCAAAUUCUCCUAUUUACUUCAAGUUUUUACGCAUCACAAGCCUUCGUUGUACAUUAUCAUGUGUUGGUAUUCUGCUCCAGUGAUAAUUAUUAUUAUUAUGUUUUUCCACGUUGCAAAACAUACCCCCAUACGAUACGAUGAUAUAUACAAUUAUCCCAAAUGGGCCACUGGUCUAGGUUGGUUUUUAGCAUUCAUGCCAAUCAUUUCGGUGAUGUCUGGCUUUAUAAUUCGGGUGUAUCCUACUAAAGAUAUGACCAUGACUCAGAGAUACAAAAAUACGUUCGAUUCCGUAAUGAGUGUGGAGGCAAUCUCCAUUUCAAGACAUUGCGAAAUUAAAGAACCAAAAACACUAAGACCCUUGAUGUUUAACCUAUUUUUUCAAGAGCCUUCUGUACCUUUAACAAAGGAGUUAGUACCCCAACAAAAUCAUAAGAGAAGUGAAUACAGACGCUUAAACAAUAAUUUCUCUCUACGACACUAUCAUAAUAAAAAGGAGUCUAUAAAACAUGAAGCAUCUCCAGCGUGUGACCCCGAGGAAUUCGUGCUGAGAUUUAUGCCCGAUGUGAGAAAACUUUUAGCUGCAGAGAAAUUAAAGUUAACUAAAGAUAUACCUAACAAUGCAAUUAGUCUCUAUGAUAAAAGCUUAAAAUUGAAUAUAGAAAGUUGUUCUAAACCAAAUCAUACAUGUAUAUGUAAAUAUCAAAGAAAUAUAAAUCUAAAACAUAAUAACAUGCAUAUCAAUGUUAAUAAAAAUAUCAUUCAAAAUCAAACAAAAAAGGAAGUAGAAGUAAAGGAUGUAGACAACGUGGAACUGUUAGACAAUAAAAGUGAUAUUUUUAAAAACAAAAUUUUCGAAAAAUUUAGUGAAGAUCAUCAUUACCUUUUAAAUAGAAAAUUUGGGAGAAAAGAUCUAAAAAAUGAACCCACCAUGAUAUCUAAAUUUUACUCGGUUUCCAACUGCCUUUUUGCGGUAGGCUUGAAUGAACCACAUAAUAAAUAUACACCCCAAUACCCUGGUAUCAUUUACCAAAGUUUCCUGACCAAGGAUAAUAUUCAUCAUAUGUUAACAAAAAAGAAGAAAUGCCGAAUUUUAAUUUCGAAAGACAAUAAUGAAGACAAAACCCACAAAGAAACAGUGGUUUAGUUAG